CUUUCGCCGUUGAUCAUUAUCUACUCCGUAACUCUGUCCCUCGUCGGACCUGCGCCGUCUCGCUGACACCUUUCUUCUUCUCCAUCCGAUCUGCGCCGCUGGGCUAGUUGAAUUUAACAGCCUCGCACAAGCAUGGACUCCGAGAAGAUGCAGAUGGCCUCUCGCCCGGCGACUGCGUACCCGGAGGCUGCCUGGCUGGUGAGCGCUUGGACCCUCUCCACCGCCUGCCUCUUCCUCCUCACUUCCGCACUAGUCGAAACUCUCGACCACUUCGACGUCGAUAUCCCCUGCAGCCCGUCCUGGUGGUCGGUUUUGCGGUGCGUCGAGCUGACGGACGCGGGCGCUGCUAAGGUAGCCGCCGCGGGAAGCGCCAUGCGGAUCGGGAUGCUCUGGCGUGCCGCGCCACAGGCCGCGGCGGCGGCGCUGGCUCUGCUGCUUCCAUGCCGCUACCGCCAGGCCCGCCGCGCCCUCGACUGCCUCGCGCUCGCGCUGCCGUCCUCGGCCACUACAUGUACGCGUGCGCCUGUCUCCUCGUCCUCGCCGCCGGCGUAGGAGGCCUCUUCUACGGGAUCUCCUGCACCCUUGUCAUCUUCUUGUACACGGCGGGCGACAGCAUGAGUUUCCUGGCCCUCGUCUUGGGAAUGGGAGGUGAGGAGUAGCUAAGAGCCUAGGACUCGGAAGCAGAUAUAGUGCAAGCAUUACACGUAGCCGGUUAAGGAAUAAAGGAAAAAAUUACGCUGUGAGGAUCGAUUGAUCGAUUGAUCGAGUGAUUGAGUGCCGGACUGCCUGGUGCAUGUGUGUGAA